AUGUUUUCUUGUCCGCACGAGGGUUGUGUUAAGAUGUAUCAGCGUCACUAUGCUUUGGAAAAUCACUUGCUGUAUAGGCAAUGUGAGUUUCUACCGGUCAGAGAAACUCUUAUGGACAAGGCCAAAGUAUUAUACCAUGAUAAACUACUCUCUGAGGCGAGCAACCUGCCAUCCGUGAAAGCUGAGUCAAGUCAAUGCCCGGUAACAACUGAGGUUCUUCCACAAGGGUGGGCUUUAAGAUCCGCUAGAAAGGCAACACGGUUUAGUGAUUCCCAGCGACAGUACUUAGACGGGAAAUUUAAUGUCGGGCAAGCAACCGGAGUGAAACUUGAUGCUGUCGAUGUUGCACGUGACAUGCGUUACGCGCGAAACCAGGAAGGGGAAAAGCUGUUCACUGUAAGUGAAAUUUUGACCGAGCAGCAAAUUCAGUCAUACUUUUCAAGACGAGCCUCUAAACUCCGGCAUUCUCAUUCAGAAGAUCCAGAAUCUGAUGGAGACGAGGAUGUUAUGGGCGCUGAAGAGGAAAUCGCGCACGAAAAUGUUCGCGCAGUUGUGUUAGAGGAGGUGGGAAUAAGGCACCCAAUUGUUUUCGACACUUUCAACUUAUGUGACAUGCACAAGGCAGGUAAACUGCGACACCUAAGCGUUUCCAUGCUGCGUUCCAUUUGCGAACAUUUUGACAUCGAGGUGAUGGACAUCAAAGGACGACGCAAAGCUCCUUACUUGUCUCUACUUGGGGAACUUCUCGUGGCAUGCAGUUGUCAUAACAGUUAG